UCGGGUCGGGCACAAUCAUGCGUCCCAAGCCGGAGUGCGUCGUUACCGUGACCGCAGUCUCGUCCCCGUGAUAACGCUGACGACAUCGUUUUGCUCACGGUAACGGUCGCACUACCGUCGACACAUUGUUCUGUUUCGUAAUCCGGUUCGGUUCGCUGUUACAACAACAACGACAAGAUAUUUAAAAUAUUAUUAUUAAAUCGGAGCGACAUGACGUCGUCGUCGUCAUCGUGGACGACGACAACAACGACAACGCGUAACGAUCAUUAUUAUCGCCGUCGCCGCCGCGUACGCGUAACGACAACCGCCGAUGACGAAGCGGUAAUAAAAUUAUUAUUACAAUAGGUAUUCGAUAUUAAUAAUUAGUUUAUUAAUUAUCAGAUUGGUAAGUUUCACGUUAACUUAUCAACGCGACGUUAAUCAAUUUUGUUACUUUCGCGAUCUGCUCACCUACGCGCGCGAGUGACGAUUGACGACGACGGACGUGGACAACUGGACCCGUCGUCUCGUACGCCGCCUCGGUGGACAUGGUCACGCUGAACGUUUGAACCGGUCGACUACAGACACGAAAUAAUAAUAUUAUUUAUUACUACGACCUACACUGCAGCAGGAAGUCGCAUUUCAGCCAAUUCUUAUUCUGCCAUAAUAAAUCUGAGAUUGAAACCAAUGAAAAUAUGUUGAGUACUUAGGUACAUUUAUUUAUUCUCCUCUCAAAAUAUUGAGAUACAAAUAUACAAUAAUUCCUGAUUAAAAUUCUUAUACAACACUAAGUAAAGCAGCACAAUGGCGUCAUCGGUAGCCGUAUCGUCAAUAAUAUUUUUUACAUGCUUGGUAUGCUACUACAACAGUCUUUACUGUGACUUCGUCUUCGAUGACAUUAGUGCUAUAAAAGACAACCGAGAUUUAAAACCUCAAACUCCUGUAUGGAACAUAUUUUACAACGACUUUUGGGGCACGCCAAUGCAUAAGGAACAAAGUCAUAAGUCAUAUCGACCUUUAACAGUUUUAACGUUCAGAUGGAAUUACAUGAUCCAUCAGUUGGAACCUAUGGGUUAUCAUCUUGUGAACAUACUACUUCAUGCCAUAACAAGUGUUCUCUACUAUAGAGUGUGUCAUACUAUAAUGGCGUCCAAGUUCACUAGUUUUAUGGCUGCCAUGCUUUUUGCUAUUCACCCCAUACACACAGAGGCCGUGACUGGUGUGGUGGGACGAGCAGAGACACUGUCGUCAGUAUUUUACUUAUCUGCUUAUCUAUUUUAUACGGAAGCAACCAAAAGGAAAAAAUAUUCUGGAUGGAAGCCUCUAACACUUUCUGUGGUUUGCUUGUGCGUAGCUAUGCUGUGCAAAGAACAAGGUAUCACAAUUGCCGGAGUUUGUGCUCUUUACGAAGUUUUCGUCGCACAAAAGAUGAGGCCGAAGGACUUGAUGAACUCGUUGAGACUGUCCAUGGCUGUAAACAGCCAAUCGGUCACGAGCAGCGGGAAUUCCGGCGGAGGAGGUGGUUCGCCAAAAACCGGCACCGGAAACUCGACCUCCGCUUCUUCGGGCAUGCUGCAGGCCAUCCCGUCGGACGCGGUCAAGCGGCUGGCAUUCCUGUUUCUGUCCACGUGUGCGCUACUUGCGUUUCGGCUGAAAAUCAUGGGCUCCAAACUGCCCGUGUUUACCAGGUUCGACAAUCCAGCCAGCGUGUCGGAUUGGCCAGCAAGACAACUUACCUAUAACUAUCUGGUGAGCGUAAACGCUUGGUUACUGAUAUUCCCAUGUGACCUAUGCUGCGACUGGACCAUGGGUACCAUACCACUGGUUGAAUCCACCUCAGAUCCCAGAAACCUGGCGACUUUGGCCACAUACUCCGUGAUUAUCGCGCUCGUGUACACGGCGUUCACCACGUCCAAUCGAACAAAACGCAUUGUUGUCAUCAUGAGUUUGGGAUUGACUGUUUUUCCGUUUCUACCCGCAUCGAACAUGUUCUUUCCUGUAGGAUUUGUCGUAGCGGAACGCGUCUUAUACAUGCCGUCAAUGGGAUUCUGUAUGCUCGUCGCCUAUGGUUUAGGACUUAUAAUCGAUAAAUGCAAGUCCCGGUUGGUGCUAACAGCCGUUUCCGUCAUUAUGUUCACCCACGUGGUGAAAACCUACACAAGAAAUUCGGACUGGUCAUCCGAAUACGCAAUUUUUACUUCUGGGUUGAAAGUAAAUAAGCUAAAUGCCAAACUCUACAACAACGUUGGACACGCUUUAGAAGCUGAGAAUCGAUUCCAAGAAGCUCUUGCGUACUUUCACAAAGCCGUCAGCGUGCAGCACGAUGAUAUCGGAGCUCACAUAAAUGUUGGCCGAACGUAUAACCAUCUAAAAAUGUACAAGGAAGCAGAAGACGCUUACUUAGAAGCCAAAUCAUUGCUUCCUAAAGCAAAACCGGGUGAAUCGUACCAAGCCCGUAUAGCUCCCAAUCAUCUAAACGUACUACUGAACUUGGCUAAUCUGAUUGCUAAAAACCAGACGCGUCUAGAAGAGGCGGACAUGCUGUAUCGACAGGCUAUCAGCAUGAGGUCCGAUUACACGCAAGCAUACAUAAACCGUGGUGACGUUUUGCUCAAGCUCAACCGAACUAAAGAGGCGCAAGAAGUGUACGAACGAGCUUUAUUCUACGACACCGACAACCCGGAUAUCUAUUACAAUCUGGGCGUUGUACUUUUGGAACAGGGUAAACAUUCACAGGCCUUGGCUUACUUAGAUAAAGCUUUGGAAUUCGAUCCGGAUCACGAACAGGCGUUGCUGAACUCAGCCAUACUGCUCCAAGAGUUGGGGCAGGCAAACUUGAGAAAACUUGCUGAGAAGAGACUUCUCAGGCUUCUGUCGAACGGUCAAAAAAACGARCGGGUGUUUUUCAACUUAGGAAUGYUGGCUAUGGACGAAGGAGACGUACCGGCGGCUGAACAUUGGUUCCGUCAGGCAAUUCUCAUUAAAGAGGAUUUCAGGGCCGCUCUGUUCAACCUGGCCUUACUGUUGGCUGACGACCACAGGCCUCUGCAAGCAGCCCCAUUCCUCAACCAGCUGGUCAGGUUCCAUCCAGACCAUGUCAAGGCUCUGAUAUUACUAGGAGACAUCUACAUCAACAACAUCAAAGAUCUAGAUGCUGCUGAAAACUGUUACCWGCGGAUACUGCAACUGGAUCCAGACAACACGCAAGGGAUGCACAAUCUAUGCGUGGUGUACGUAGAACGUGGCCUUUUGAAGGAGGCUGAAAUUUGCUUACAAAAAGCCCAUCUGAUGGCCCCACAUGAAGAUUACAUUAUCAAGCAUUUGAAAAUUGUGCAAAACCGCUUGCUGGCAAAACAGACUUCUGAUCAGCUCAAUGAGAAUCGUCCGGAUUCUAAGGAAAUCCGAAAAACUGAAAAAGACACAACUCGUCCAGACACCAAUCUUAAGUCGAAUACCAAACCGUCUACACUAUCUCUGUCAUGA